UUACUGGACGCCCCCAGAGGCAACAGUGACUUGUAAUGUGAUGCAGGGGACCCGGUGCACAGACCCCCAAAACCAGGCCAUCCAGACUCACCCCGGGGGAUUUUCAGCAAGGCUGCUUUGACAGUGCUGUGUUAUUGACAGCCGUGCGGGGAGCUGUCCGAGGUGCUGAGCCAACCGCCCUGUCCGCUUGACUUGUGCGCGCGGGCUUGGCUCUCUCUUUACCUCGAUGUCGGUUAAUAGUUCUAGGCGAUGAAAAUGGGACUCAUUCUGAUCUGCUGUGACGCACUAAAACUCUUUAGCGACUAAAUGUCGCCAGGCUGCAUGUCCAUUCCAUUUCAAUGCGAGUAUGCAAUGACAAGCCAAUUUAUUUAUUUGUUUAUGUGUUUGUUUAAGAUGUACCUUUUUGGCAACAAUGACAAGACAUCUACUUAUUUCGUGUUGACACACUCCAGUGUAGUUUGGGCCUUGUGUUUUGGGUCACUGUCCCGCUGCAAGCUGAAUGUUUGUCCCAGUUUUAGGUCUUUAGUGCACUGAAGCAGGCUUUCUUUUGGGAUUUGCCCUUACUUUGUUCCGUCUGUUUUGCCCCCAGUACUAAUAAACUUUCGUUUUAUUAAGUCCUGCUGCUGAAAAGCAUUCCUAUUGCGCAAUGCUUCCUCACACUUGCUGGCCAAUUCGAAGCAUCUUACCUUGUGUUUUUAGAAUAAGCAGUAAAGAGCUCAUCCUGGAAAACAUCAAUAAAUAAAUACAUUUGGCACCAAAAACCACAUAUGGUCCUCCUUAAUCCCCUUUUAAAGCAUUUCCCUCCCAAAUUGGGACACAAUUAAUUUAACCUUGAAUUUUGUGGAGGCCUGAGUGCAGAGAACACAGGUCAAGGUCAUCUGCAUGUCGGUGACCUCAUCGUUCACACGUGUGAGGUCAGGUUAAGGGCGUGGUCCUCAUUUAAAUAUAACUGAAUAAUUCAAUAGCUUAUUAUCUCUUCUCUUGCACGGUUAGAAAAUUUCCAAAGAGUGUCAGCGGACUGUGAUAGACAUCGCUUAUGCAACUAAUGGAAAGUUUGCUCAAAGGAAAAUUUUAAAAAACUUUUUAACUGAUACAGUAAAGAUGGGGAAGUCAUUGUUUUCUUCUGUUCUUCUUCUUUUAAUGCAGUUGGGAAGAGAGAGAGAGAGUUCCCUCUGCUAACUAGUGCUUAUGUUCAAUCAGUGUAGUUUCAUUCACUACUCAGUAGGUUAUUCCCUGAGAGAACAAGACAAUUUAAAAAGGAAAAGAAAUUUUAAAGACAUUGUCUCAACAAAAUUAAGCUUUGGAAAAAAUAUCGCACUGCUAAUGAAAAAAACUAAUAUAUAGUCGUGGAGUAUAAUUAUUUCCCCUGCCUAGGGACAGUAAUAAAGUUCAUGAUAAAAGUUCUACUUGGAACAAGGAGCAAUGAUACGUAGUUUUUGGGUUUUUUAUUUUAAAUUCUGAACUAGGGUCACUCCAAUGCAGUUAGAUUUCACAAUGACAAAGCACUUAUUUCAUCCAAGGUUCUGCGGGGUGUCAAAUCUUCAUGCUUGAAAUCAUAAGUGUUAAAAGACUGCCAAAGAGUUUAAUGAACACCCUAACAACCAGUCAUCAUUAAAUAUAGUGUUUGAAGCUCUUCCCAGCCAUGUUUUACCUCAGCACUUAAACGUAUUUUCAAGAAUCAAGGCACAAAUAACCUUCGCCCUCAUGUUGUUUUCAUAUUUUGCAUGUACUCCCAUGUCCACAGGGUCAAAAAUGACUCAUCCUUGUUGGACCCUCGCUUGAUCCUGUUCAUUGAAUUUUAAAACUUAAAUAUUUUUUUUGUUUUUAAUGUAGAAAGAACCUAAAUAACGAAUUAAAUGGUGAAUAACUGUUUUCUUUUCUCUGAUUUCUUUUUUUUUUUUUUACUACAAAACACAUCCUAAUUGAUUUUUUUUAAUUGAAUUCUUAAUUGUCAUUAUAUUACUUACAUUUAGCAGAUUCUCUUAUCCAAAGUGACUUAUACAACUUUAGCAUUUCUUCCUUGUUUUACACAGUAUUCAUUUAUAUAGCUGGAUAUACACUGAAGCAAUUCAGGUUAAGUACCACGCUCAAGGGUACAAUGGCAGUGUCCUACCAGAUAGCUAGUACCUGGGAAUCAAACAUGCAAUUUCUUUGUUACAAGCCAGGUUCCCUUUCCAUUGCACUACACAGCUGCAUCAUAAAGCUUAUAUGUUAUUAUUACAGAGCAAACCUGGCUUCAUGUCUUUGUGCAUUGUAGAAUUGUUUAACAUUUAUUUAACCUUUUAUACAAAAAUGUGUCUAAUAUGCAAAGCUGUGAUACUAGGUAAGAGGCAACGCACCAAUAACCUUUAGUUACCCAUUUCCACUGCUUGGAAUCAAUAAAUCUGGUUAAUUUCAAUCAACCAAAAAUAUACAGCCUCGCAGUGUAAUAUACAAUAACUCAAGUGGGGUACUUAAUUAGCAUCUGCCGUACCAUUCCCAGUGCGAUAAGUGCUUGAUACAGUUUGGAUAAUUGCUCUGAGGAAUAUGUAAAUAUUUCCCUGGAGACUGUUGGAAACAGGUGUUCAUGAUUGCAUGGCUCGUCACAGCUGGAAGUGGGAAAAUGGCCAUGAUUUGUGUACUGUCGCCCUCUUGUGGUGAAAUCUAAAUAAUGUAGCCUAAGUACGUAUCGCUCUCCAGCUGCCGCGCCUCUUAUAGCCUAUAUGCAGAGAAACAACAAAAAAUUAAAUGAAACACCGAAAGUGCCAUUCGUCUAUACUGUGCACAGUCCAUCCUACAAGGACAUAUAAUUUUAUUUGUCGUGCUUAAAACAAUUGACGAGCAUAAUUAUAUAAUCCAUUUUCCACACUGUCACUCACUCCGUCUGGCUACUUCACUAUACCACAUUAUACGUUAAAGCUGCAGGGAUAUUUUAGAUUCUGACAUAGGUAGCUACAUUUAACAACAAAAACAUUUUUAAAAAGAAUAAAAAUGCGUUCUAUUCACUCUGCAGUCACUUCUACAUUGCUCUCUCUUCUCUCGUCUUUUUCUUUACUGUCAUUAAUCAGAUGCCGUCAUCCAGAGCCGCUUAAAAUGCACGGUGACGCAGCGUGGCGCAGCCUGUCGGUGAGAUUCUAUAUACUUACUGCACCUACGAAUUGUUUUGCUGUCCAGAGAUGGCGAGUCUCCUGGACCAGAAAGUAAAAAAUCAUGCCAUGUGUUUCUUCCACCCAUAAUCUGAGCCAGUCGAUUUCGCUAAUUAGUGCUACAGUAAUUAGCAAACUCAGGUGAUUCGGGACAAAACGCUGUGGAAAGACUUUCACUUUCUGAUCCCGUAUUUUCCACCUCUGGCUACAGCAUAAAAGGCCACCCGAAUGAUCACUCCCAGUCAGGAAAUGGCACAGCGCAUGUGCUCAAUUCAUGGACGCUCGUUUCCAGGUAAGUGAACAAAAAUAUAGCCUGCAACCAGAUUGCGGUUUUAUGGGUCCCCAGUAUUGCUAUGCUAUUGUCACUCCCAGCUGUUCGUGAGCAAUUUUCAACCCCGUCAUUCGUUUCUUGUUUUUUUGAGCAGGAAAAAGAAAAAAAGUGUUACACUAUUACCGGAAAAUGGCACAAUUCAAACGCUGUGGCGAAAUUACAAAAUCUGAAGUGGACUUUUUUGAGCAUGGGGCUUCAAUCUUAAAGCGACAGUGUAACUACACGUUACGACUUUAUUGAUGUUAAAUUAGCGAUGCUACGUUAAUAACGAUUUAACCUAUUAAUGAACUUACGAUGCAGCAUGCCGUAAACUGCUCAAAGUAUUUAAAAAAAACUUUAUUCCACGGAGUGCACAUACUCUACUAUCUAUGUCUGUUCAGCCUCUCUGUAGGGCUAUCCGUAUUCGGGAAACGGGCGGUGGUAGUCUAUAUCUUAGCCAUGUAUUGUUCGGACUUGCUCGCUACGCUAAUUUCACUUACUUUAUCUUCCGAAAAUCAUUGCUGAAUUCAGGGAAUAAAAUAUAUGUAUACAAUGCAUUAUCUGUGCAUACGACAUUCGGUUUCGGAUAAACAACAAUUUCACAUGUUGAAAUAUCAUAUUUGUUCCAUAAUCAGCGAACAUAACUGAAAGUACAGAAGUCAAAUAAUGAACACAUCUGCCAAUCGUUCCGGUAGUGCUGGCAAUUUUAUAGGUUUCAGGGCUGAAAUUUCCCGUAAUUUCAAACCGUAAUAAUAAUUUAUAUGAGGCCAUAGCAGGAGUUGCAGCCAAUUAGAGUCGAGUAUUACACCACGCUCUGAAUGUCUAAUUGAACAGCGAAAAUUUGUGGAAUCAUCCUGUUUGGAACGUUAGUUUCAGUUGGAGGCAUUGUGAUGUCAUAAAUACUGCUGUUGCGUCAAAGCAUAGUAUAAGAACUGUCUCCCAGUUGCUGCCUGAUACAGUUGGACCGUGAUGAGCUACAGCCAGAAAGCAUGUUUCUGGAGGUGAAGUUUCCCAUAGCCUUGAAAGAGGCGGCGUGAGGUAGCGCGGACAGAACUGGAGCUAGCCCUGCCGCAGAAAUGCAGAGGAAACGCGACAGUGACUCGUCCCGUCACCUGGAGCCCGUGCGCAAACUCAGCCAGCAGCUGGCGAAGGUGGAGGCCACACCCACGCCUCCACAGCAACAUGUGGAAAAGAGAAAUGACAAAAUACAGCUGCAGGCCGAGGUGGCACAACUCUGCGAACAGCUUGAAGAGGCCAGGAGGAAGAUCAAGGCACAGGGGCAGGUGGCCACAGCCGUGCAGAAGCGCUUCAAGGACUGUCUCGGUCAAAUACAGGCCGGGACGUUGGACAAGGCACAGAUGACAGAGGAUCAGAACAAGAAGCUGGCUGCCAGAAACGCAGAGCUCCUGGAACUCAUGCAGGUGGAGCGGACAGAGCGGGAGAGCACCCUGUGCUGCCUGCAGAGGGCGCUGGCGGAGACGCAGCGGGACCUGGGCGUGUGCGAGGGGGCGCUCGAGGCCCGCGUCCGCGAGUGCGACGUGACGGACCAGGAGAAACGGCGCGAGCAGGAGCGGGCCGCCUGGCUGGAAGGGAGGCUGAGGGAGAGCGAGGACGAGAACGCACAGCUCCGGGAGAGCUUCCACAGCCUGAGGGUCAGCCUGCACUACAGGGACGGCGAGGCCGCGACCUCCCCGCAGCGGUCGCAGGAGGCCGAGUCGCAGACCCCGAACAUCGAGGAGACCGAGAUCGUCCUGAAGCUGGUGGAGUCCGUGCGGCAGCUGCAGGCUGACAACGCGCGGCUGGAGGAGGCCUUAAAGCGGCAGACCGGCGCCGUGGCGGAGCUGCAGGAGGCGCAGGAGGCCCAGUUGAAGAGGGCGGUCUUGGAGCAGCAGCUCGUCCAGGAGGCGCAGCUGGAGAGGGCGGAGGAGGAGGCAGCAGUGCUCCGCGGACACCUGCAGGAGGCACGGACCAGAGCGGAGGACAGGGAGCGGGAGUCGGCGGACUUGCAGAGGUGCUUCGGCGACGCGUUCGGCAAAAUACGCGCCGAGGCGGCGAAGAUAGCCGCCUCCAACCAGCAGCUUCAGGAGCUCCUGGAGAUGGAGAAGGCCGAAAGGAAGCGGGAGAUGUCCACAAGAGAGCAGGAGAUAUCCGAACGGGAGCAGGAGAUUGCCGAAAGGGAGCAGGAGAGGUCCAAAAUAGAGAGCUACGUACUGCAGCUGCAGCAGGAGCUGGCUGAGGCUAAGCGGGAAGCGCUGCUCUACGCGGCGCCAUCGCCGGGAGGGAGCCCUGAGGACUACAGCAAGCUGGAGGAGGAGAAACUGGACCUGCACAGGUACAUCGGACGACUCGAAGGGACGCUGAAGGAGAGCGAGGUCAAGUGCGUCCAGUCGGAGCAGCUGAUCAGCAAGCUGGUCGGCUCCCUGAGGGAGAAGGACCACGAGGUCGCCGCCUCCUCCCAGAAGCUGCAGGAGGUGUUUGCUGCGUCCGCGAGCAUGGACCAGACCAUCCAGCUCCUCCGGGAUUCUGUCCUGCGGCUGGAGACGGAUACCCUCAGGCAGGACGAGGCCGCCAAAGAGCAGGCCGGCCGGAUCGCGGAGCUGGAGACGGAGGUCGACGACGCGAUGAUAGCUAGGAGAGAUUUGGAGGAGCGGCUCAGCCAGGAAAUGCAGAAGCAGAGCUCAUUCUCCGUGAACGCCCAAGUAGAGUUGAAUGAAGCUGAGGCAGCUCUGCGGGCCGAGCGGAAGAAGUCCAGUGAGGCCCAAGAGCUCCAAAAGGAUCUGCAGGAACAGCUGGAGCAGGGGCAAAGAGAGCGACUGAUGCUCCAGCAACAGCUGGAAGACUCACAACAAAGGACUGAGCUAAAAGACCAGGCACUGAAGGACAUGCAAGAUUUCAUAUGUGAUACAACUAGGAGGCUCAGUCAGGUAAAUGAACAGCUGGUGGAAGAGAAAAGCACAGGUGUAGUAGGCCUAGAAAAUGUGGAGGACAUUGAUACAGGUCAGGACAGCAUCCUGAGGCAGCUGCAGAACAUAUUGGCCAAAAUGCAGACUAAGCUGUCCUCGUGUGAGCAAUCGCUCGAAGAACAAACUCUCUGCUGCAAAGACCUUGCUUUGAAAAAUCAAUGCAUGCUGGAGGACGUGGACAGGCUCCAUCGAAUGCUACAGCAGAGCGAGGACAAGUUAAUCCAAGCAGAGAGCAGGAACGUUCAUCUGCAGCGCUCCAUGGACAGUGACAAGGAGGUCAUCGCCUUUCUUCAGAAAUCAAAGGAGGUUGUGUCAGUUUCCACGGACACAGCUGAGACCAUGGAGUCCCUCGGCCAACUGAAAACUGAGAACAUGAUAUUGGAGGAGACGUUGAGGCAGCAGGCCAGCAGGAUCGUAGAGCUGGAGAGGGAGGUUGAUGAGGCUGCAGAGGUUAAGAAAUAUUUGGAGGAACGUCUCGAUCAGGAGAUAGAGAGGCAAAACUCGCUCGUCGCAAACACUCAAGUAGAAGUGAGUGACGCUGAGGUGGCUCAGCCGGACCAGGGGCAGAAGUCCAACAAAGCCCAAAAGCAGCAAGUGGAUCUGCAGGCACAGCUGGACAGUGCGAAGACCGACCGGCUAACGCUCCGGAAGCACUUGCGCGAGGCCCAGAAGAUUUCCGAGCUGAGAGAUCUGGCCGUGAUGGACAUGCAGAGGUGCAUGAACGACACGCUCACGGGGAUGCGGGCGUACAGCCAAGAGAGGAUAGAGCUGGCGGAGAGGAGGAGCACGGUGUUCGCCUCCGAAAUCGCAGAGCUCCAAGAACAACUGGAGCGUGUGGAAACGGACAGAGAUAGCAUACAGAAGGAACUGGCUGAGGCGCGAGGGAAACUAUCAUCGCACGAGGAAUCGCUCGAAGAGAAAACGUCCGGACGCAGAGAUAUCGAGGAGAGACCAGUUACUCAGGGUGACGUGACCGCGCUGAAGGACGUACUGCAGAGGACCGACGACAAGAACGUCAAAUUAGGGCGCGACAACUUUAACCUGAAGUGUGCCCUGAAAGACAAGGAGCUCAAGGUUUUAGCCCUUUCCCAGAAGCUGCGGGAGUCGGUGUCAGCCGCAGACUCGGACAGAGCCGCGCAGGUGGAGUCUCUGCGGUUACUGGAGAGCGAGAACUCAAGGUUGGAGGAGGCGUUGAAACAGCAGACCGGCAGAAUCGCAGAGCUGGAGAAGGAGGUUGCAGAGGCCGCCGGAGUUAAGAGAGAUCUGGAGGAACGGCUCAGUCGGGACGUGGAGAGGCGAGGCUUACUCUCCAUAGACACUCGAGUAGCAGCGAGUGGUGGGACUGUGGUGGCCUUGCAGAACGAGCAGGGGAGGUUCGGUGCAGCUGAAAAGCCGCAAGAAGAGGAGCAGGUGAAAAUACUCCAGCGGCAGCUGAAUGAAGCAGAGGAAAUGACAGAGCUUGAGGACCCAGGUGAGAGUGGUGUAAUGAUUUGCAUAAAUGAAGCGUUUGCUGGAAUGCAAGCAUACAGUGAGGGGAUACAGUUGGCGGAGAGGAGAAGUACUGAGUUUGCCUCUGAAAUUGCAGAGCUACAAGAGCAACUAGAGCCUGUGAUAACAGACAGAGAUGGCAUCCCGAGCCAGACACAGAAGGAACUGGCUGACGUGCGGCAGAGGCUGUCGUCGUGCGAGGAAGCGCUUGAAGACAAAACUCUCCGAUGCAGAGAUCUUGAGGAGGAGAAACUGCUUAUGAGGGAAGACCUGGGCACACUCAAGGAAGUGUUAGAGCAGACCGACGACAAGUACGUCCAGUUAGAGCGCUACAGCUUUAAUCUGAAGUGCGCCCUGGAAAACAAGGAACGUGAGGCCAUUGCCAUUGCAGAGUUGCGGGGGAAUAAGGAUGCGGACAGCGAAAGUCUGCUUAGAGACCUACGGAAGGAGGUGGCGGAGAUGCAAGAUAAGCUCUCGUCUUGCGAAGAAUCUCUUGAAGUCAAAAUCCGCAGCUGCAGAGAACUCGAGGACGAGAAUUUGUACGUAAAGGAGGACCUGAACAUCCUCAGAGGUAUUCUACAGGAGGCAGAGGAAAGGUACAUGCAGUCAGAGCACUACAACUUUAGUUUGAAGUGUGCUUUGGAGGACAAGGAACGCGAGGUCAUGGCUCUCACACCGAAGUUCCAGGAGGUCGCGUCAGCUUCUACUGACCUGGACGAGACCGUCACUCCAGUGGACGGGUCUUUGCAGAGGUGGGGAAGUGAAGAAACAGAGAGAGACAGUCCCCUGAGACCGCCAAGCAAACUGGCUGACGCGCAAACGAAACUCUCGCUGUGCGAGGAAAUGCUCGAAGAGGCAACUCGUCGCUGCAGGGACCUCGAGGAGGAGAAGCUGGGCUUGGAGAAGGACACGGACGCCCUCAGGAGAAUGCUGCAGGAGAGCGAGGAGAAGCAGUUCCACCUGGAGCGCCGCACCUUUGACCUGGAGUGCGCCCUGGACGCCAAGGGUGCUGCGGUAGUCUCACAGGGGCUGGGGGAGUUCCUGGAUGAUGAGAGAGCCCCAGUGAGGGGCGGAGGUCUUGAGGAGCAGUCGCUGACCGAGGCAUCGCAGGAGAGGGCGAAAGGCAAGGCCGUGCCGCUCUACCGACAGCUGGAGGUGGUAGAGGAAUCGGAAGAGGUGGAACAGCGGGUCAGGAGGGGCGUGGAGUAUCCCUUCAGUAGCACUCCAGCAGAUUCACCCCCGGACUACAGCAAGAGGACUUCGCCUGUGGAAGAGGCGGGAAACCGGCCCGCCAGCGUGGACACCGACCUUCAGCGGAUCUUGGAGCCUGAGACUCCCGAGAGGGAGAGAGAUGUUUCCCAGCCGCCCCGGGAGCUGGCCGGAGCGCUGGAGCUCCUGGAAAUGAAGGUCCAGACGUGCCGGAAUCUGGAGGAGCAGCUGGACAUGCUCCGGAAGAUGCUGGAAGCCAGCGAGCGUCAGAACGUCCGCCUGGAGAUCUGCGUGCAGAACCUGAGGGGCGCCCUGGACAGCGGGGAGUGCAAGGUCAUCGCCACCGCCCUCAAGCUGCACCAGGCCCUCAUGUCCUUAUCCGCCGCCGAGAAGACCAUCGCUCAGCUGGAGGACUCCGCACGCAGGCUGGAGGCUGAAAAUGGCGAACUGAAGGCCAAGGUCAGGCGUCAGGCCGAUGAGGUUGGGGGGACCGAAAUGGAGCCGAGCCAGCUGGAGGACUGGGUGAGGCGUGAGGUGCGGAAACAGACGUCGAUAGCCCGUAGGGAGGUCCUUCGCGCGCGGUUGGAGAAGGAGAAGGCCCUGGCCCAGAUGAAGGCCGAGAUGGAGCAGAUGUCACUGCGGCUACAGGAGGAGGUGGGGAGGAGCAGUUGCCUGGAGGAGGAGGAGGAUGAAGUCUUCACCGCCCUCACGGAGCAGCUCUCCUCCCUGAGUGACAGCCUCGAGCCCAUGAACAGCAGGAGCCGGGUGGAGCGGGAGGUGGCAAGCCGGCGAUUUUAACUGGAGGGAGCCCAGAGGCGCUGCAGAGAACACGCCUGUCUCCACUGGGCCUGUGCAGUCCGGCAGUCAGGAAGUCAAAGCAUUUAGCAGAGGGGGAACAUGCAGGAUAUGCCAAAAAUAAAGCCUCUAACUCCAGUGGGUAUGUUGUGUCUGUCAAUACCAUAGUGUACAAUGCCAGAGAAAUGUAUUAGAAGCAUUAGAUGACAAGAGAACUGCAGGGUUCUAAGUAACAUUUUCUCUUGAAAAUGAGUUAUAUGCAAAUAAAUGCUGUAUUUAUUGCAGUAUUCUUUACAUGAGUGUGGCAUUACAAAUGUAAAAUAGGUUAAAAUCUGGGUGCAAUUCCUGUUUUUAGGAAGUUCUAAGAUAAAAACCCAUGAACUGACAAGAAUUGUAGAAAUGGCUGAAGGAACCCUACAAUUCUCAGGUCUCAAUUUGUGGAACAUAAUUUAAUCUUCAUUUAAGUGUCUAACACUUGAAUAAUAUGCUGGGUUUACUAAAAUUUCAGGGAGUGGACACAAAAAAUGUCUUGCUAUAUGACUGAAUUAGAGCCUUUCUUUUCUUUAUUGAGAAGCAACCUAAAAUGUAAUUGUUGUUUCAUGUAUACUUAUUGGGGUUGUAGUAUAGGUAGCUGUGCAAGUCAUAAUAAUAAUUUUCCCCUAUGAGUAUACUACACAUACAAUAUGCAAUGUGAAUAACCUGGUUACAUUGGGUCAAAUGCUAUAUGAUUAUAAAUGUAGCAUCAGCCAUAUUUAGGAGUCAGUGUUGUUGGAUAUUGUUGAUGCAUAUAUUGAACACACUUACAAGCUUGCUCAUAUAGUUACAUUGUUUUGCAAAAAAAAAAGGUCCAGCUGUUAACAUGAAGGACUUUGUUUAUGUGUCAGUAAUCCCUCUAACCCUCCACCCUGUUGGAUUCUCACCAACGUGAGAAAACACAACCUUUUGCCUUUAAAAUCUCAGCAGUGGUGUUAGCAGCGUGUGUGUGUGUGUGUGU